AAACCUAUAUAUUUUCAAUGUAUGUGCACUCUUGCACAGAAGCGAAUAAAAAGAGAGGAGAGAGAAAAAUCGAAGGUUGACUUUUGCUAUUAAUCCCCGAAGCUCUAAAUUUUCGAUACUGCAUACUAUCCCUCUCCGUAAUAAACCCAACUCUCACGUGUUUAUAGUUAAUUGUGACCAGCCUGGUUGAAUUUAUCUGGAAAUUUUUGAAUUUGAAUCUUAAAGAAAGGAGUUCGCUGCUGCUAUGGGCGAACAAGAGAAAUCGCAAGCGAACUCCAACCCGAUGCAGCGGGUGAAGGUCUACCGUUUGAAUGACAAUGGAAAAUGGGAUGACCAGGGGACUGGGCAUGUUACUGUAGACUAUUUGGAGAGAUCAGAAGAUCUAGGCUUGUAUGUUAUUGAUGAAGAAGACAACGAGACAUUGCUUUUGCAUCGUAUAACCCCAGAUGACAUUUACAGAAAACAAGAAGAUACAAUAAUUUCAUGGAGAGAUCCAGAAUUUUCUACAGAAUUAGCACUAAGCUUCCAAGAAACUACAGGGUGUUCGUACAUUUGGGAUCAUAUCUGUAAUGUGCAAAGAAAUCUACAGUUCAGCACUCUAAACAGUGAGACAUUUCACAGCAUGAACAGUGAGUUGAGAGAAUUGCCUGCUGUUGAACUUUCCACACUUCCUUUGAUCGUUAAGUGUUUUUACUUCCUUGCUCGGAAAUCCAGGAUUAGUGUAGAUUCCAGGCUGACUGUGUCUGAGAGUGGUACUGCAGGUCAGAUGAGACUGACAGAGCCUAUACUGAAUGAUCCCGGCCCAACAUGCUGUAUAUUGUCUGCUUUGGGCCUUACCGCCCUCACGAUUUUGUUCCUGGUGGCACGAGCCCACUUCUGAGCUUGACACCCCAAAACACAUACAACAAAGUAGCAACCAGCACUACUAAUAAGGCCCUGACUCUGGACGCUCGCUUCCUAUGUGGGAUAUCACAUUUCUUCUUUCUCAAGUCCAAUUUUUUGUGUAUUGAACUGAAACAGAAGGACACUGUGGUUUAAUGUCAUUGGAGGUAGAUUCUGAAGCUGCUUUGUGAAUAUUCUGGAGAUAGGAGUUGAAACAUGCUUACCAAGAGGGGUUGAAUUUGCAUCUUGUAAUCAUACAACAUAUCAUUUCGUCUUGUCUAAAUCUGUCUGGCUAGAUGCUGAUAGGGAGUAAAAUUGGAUCCUUGUACUGGAGGGUGCAUCUGAAUUUAUGGUGAAGUUAACAUGAUUGAUUGUUCA